AUGUCACUCAGCAAAAACAACAUUAGGGAAUACAAACUUGUCGUUGUUGGUGGCGGUGGUGUGGGUAAAUCCGCACUCACCAUCCAAUUGAUUCAAUCGCAUUUCGUGGACGAAUAUGAUCCUACAAUUGAGGACUCGUACCGCAAACAAGUGGUGAUAGACGACAAAGUCUCCAUCUUGGAUAUCCUAGACACAGCUGGCCAAGAGGAGUACUCUGCUAUGCGAGAACAAUACAUGCGUACCGGAGAAGGGUUUCUGUUGGUGUACUCUGUUACUUCGCGGACUUCCUUUGACGAACUUAUGACUUACUACCAACAAAUCUUGAGAGUUAAAGAUGCUGACUAUGUGCCGGUAUUUUUGGUAGGAAACAAAAGCGAUUUGGAGGACGAACGUCAGGUCUCGUACGAAGAAGGUAUGAGCCUUGCCAAGCAGUUUAGCGCCCCAUUCAUGGAGACCUCUGCCAAACAGGCCAUAAAUGUUGAGGAGUCAUUUUACGGUCUUGUGCGACUUGUCAGAGACAAUGGUGGGGUUUACAAUCUAGCCGAAAAGGAGGAGCUGGAGAAAAAAGCCCGCGAACAACAAACUGGUGCUGUAGGACAAGGAGUCGCCGCCAAUGGCAUCACUUCAGGAUCAACAGAGCUCGAUGAAGACUCAGCUAACGCAGGUUCACCUGCUCUUGGCGUCAAUGGUGCACCUAAUGACGCUAUUAGUCGCGGAGCCAAGGAGAGCUCCAUCGAUAAUAAACGCGGGGCUGCGCAGGGACGCGUAGAAACGAGACAGGAUAAGACCAAGCCGAAGGAAAAGUCAGGCGGGUGUUGCAUUAUAGCUUAA